AUGGACAACUGGGACGAUGUCCUCAACGACCAAGCGCCAGGUGGUGUCGGAGGCGACGCCGCCAAGCCCGCCGACGACGGCGUCCUCGUCGCGUCGUCCAAGUUCGCGGCCAAGUGCCGCAGCUGCUCCAAGACGAUAGAUGUGGGCGCCCCCGCCUGGUUCCAGCGCAGCGGCGAGCCCGGCCGCAAGACGACGUGCAAGAAGCGCAAGGUCAGCACGCGGCGGAAGCCGGUCACCAAGCUGACGCCCGAGAUGCUGCUCGACCCGAGGCGAGGCAUCGUCGCCGUCUACCGCGAGUUUAGCGCGCUCAAGGUCAAGAGCGGCUCCAAGCACGCGCCGGCGGAGCUGCGGCGGGUGCUCGCAAAGUACGCCGAGUGGGCGCACGCCCUGCUGCCCGACGUCGAGUUCGGCCAGUUCGUCGAGAAGCUCGACAAGGUGUCUCAGCGGCCCGUGCUGCACCGGCUCGCGUUUUUGCGCGACGUGCAGCAGGGCGUGGCGUCGCUCGACGACCUGGCGAUGGAGGAGGAGGCGGAGGGGGUCGACUCGAGCGGCCGCGCGGUGCGGGAGGAGGAGUUUCCGGACGCGGACGACUUUCCCGACGCGGAGGACGACUUUGACGACGAUGCGAUGGCGGCGGAGCUCGGCAUCGACGACUUCGACGACGAGGGCGAGACCCAGGACUACGGGGCGGAAGACGGCGGGGUGGAGGACGGCGACGACGGGGCGGAUGCGCUGAGCGCCCUCGACGAGUCGGCCCAGGCGGCGGCGGCGCAGCGCGCCCAGGCGUUGGCGGAGGCACUCGCCCUCGACGAGGAGGGGCUGUGA